CAACGUGUUAUUUUAUUAUCAUAUCUGCUAACGGUGUGUUGACUUUGUUGUUUUUAUAUAUGGGUCCGUCUGGAAUAUGACCAUUCAUUUAUCGAUUUGUCACUGGUAUUUGAUAACCGAAAGUCCAUCUGUUUUGUGAGGAAUUGUGAGUGUACAGUCUAGAGUUGUGGCCAGGGAUUCGCCAUGCCCGUUCCGAUGGUGAUUGAGAGACCCAAAAUGACGAGGGCAAUGUAUGACUCACUCAAGGUGCACAUCAUGGGACAGCGGCAAAAGAAAAAGCAAGAGCAAGAAGCAGAUGCUGCUGUGCAGAGACUGAAGAAGGAAAGAGAGGCAAAGGCUAAGCAGGAAAAGAUGACGAUUGAACAAACCAAGGAACAGCUGGGAGAGAUGGACAAUAAGCUAGAGACGUUAAAACAGGAGAAACACGAACUGUUUCUCCAGCUGAAGAAAGUACUGCAUGAGGAGGGGAACAGGAGGAAAGCACUGGCCCCUGAAAAGAGUGACAUGGUUCCUGCUCCAUACCAAGUUCCUGGCCACAUGGGGGCACCACCUCACAUAUAUUUGCAGGGUGGCGGUCACUCUGCAGUAGCAAUGCAGCAGCGAGCAAGUUUGUACAAGGCAGCGACACAGCAGCAAAUGAUGUCUGCGGCGAUUAAGCGUCCUCGUAGCACCUCCCCGACGCCCGUCUCGCUCUACCAGACGGCGGUGUACAGCACGGCGGACACCAGCAAGCCCUACCAGUCGACAGCGACGAGUUAUCCCAGCACGACAAAGUCCACCUACUCGUCGUCUCCGCAGAAGAUGAGAGAGAUGGAGGUGCGCUACUCAUCUGCCCAGGGAAGCUCGCAGGUCUACCCGUCGCCUGCGCAAAGCCAGUAUCCUCCGCACCCCAAGUACGCCGCGGCCCAGGCGGCGUCCUUCGGUCCUUACACUGGUCACUACGGUCAGCAGAGCAAGUUGUCUGAGCACGUGGCUCCCUCUGCAUACGGGGUAUCCCACAUGCAGCAGCCAGGUUACGCUGGUCCGAUCGCUGAUCCGCAUAAGAUGACUGAUCAGGAGAAGUAUUUCAGCAUGCAGCAGCACUCUGUGAGGGCAACUCAGCCGUCGAUGAUGCCACACCAGACCAUGCACCACAUGCAGCAGGCCGGAAAGACUGGCAGCAUCGUUCACGGAUACCCGAUGGCGCGCCCGCAGGUCGCGACGACAGUCUACCAAGCAUCCUCUUCUAGUCUGCCGACCGGACAGCACCCGUCGGUUUACACGAGCCAGCAGGGGGUGCCACGAUCUGCGUACGCCUCCCAACCAGGUGGCCGAUUCUACUGAGGAUCCUGUGCAGACGUCCGCAGAGCGGUCGAUGAACGUAGAAUUCGUUGUCAGAAUGCAUGUAUAUAUCAACAUUACACACAUUACGUUAUUAUACAGAUGUUGUACGUGAACCUCAAAUAUUCGAAGCGUGCUUGCGUGUAUAUUGCUGUUAUAUGAUAGACUCUCGGUACUGGAUUAUUGUGUUCGUUGGCAGGUGUUCAAUGAAAAAUAUGUUCUCUUUGAAUAGUCUUGCAGUUGUGUAAGUGUCUCGGCGUGGCCGGUGCGUCUACUAACCCAGCUGCUGGACUUUUACGGCCGUGUAAAUAUUCUGUAUAGUGCGAUAAAUUCUCUUGCAUUUUUUGUUAUAAGAAACGUCUGGCUACUGGAUGUCGUGUUAUACGUGUACCGAAAAGGCGUAUGUAUGAAUGUGUGUAGCAAUGAGACUGAAAGUAUUGGUCUUUUGCCUCAUUAAACCCUUCAGGUGUUGUCAUUCCACAUUCAGUCUCCUAUUCAACAUUACCCCGUAAAUGCUAAUCACCUUGUAGAAACAGUUGUAAGUGUACCAGGGUAAAAAUAAUGUAAGCAAAUGAAAAAUGGCUCAUUUAUAAAACGCGGGUAAUUUUUUUCAUGGUAUUCGUGUAAACUGCUGCUGCCAUUGAUUAGGUGAUAUUAGGAUCAAGUGAAUUAAAAGAUUUACCCAUCAGUAAAAUG